AUGACUUCUAAACUGAAGGCAGUAAGAGCAGGACAGAGAAGUGCUGUAACCAGACUUCAAAAAAGACAGGAUGAGGAAAAUGCAGAUGCAGAGGAAAUUGAGGCUAUUUUGGAGACAUUGACGGACAAACAGGAAAUUCUCAGAGAUCUGGAUGAAAAAAUUCUAACAGAAACAGCAGAGGAGGAUAUUGAGAGAGAAAUACUGGAGACAGAUGAUGAAAAUUCAAGAACUCAUCAGACCUUUACAAGCUUUCAUUCAAAUCCAAACAGUGCUAACUUUCACAAACUUCCAAAAUUAAACUUACCCAUUUUUGAGGAAAAUGUGUUGGAGUGGCAGUCAGUCUGGGAUUCAUUCGAUUCGGCUAUUCAUAGCAACAACACGUUGACAGAAGUUCAAAAGUUUAACUACUUAAAGUCUUUACUAGCAGAAGAGGCAUCAAACACCAUUUCAGGAUUUGCACUCACACAUGCAAACUACAACAGAGCGAUUGAGCUUCUACAUGAAAGAUUUGUACAAAAACAUAAGAUAACUCAGUCCUACAUGCAAGCGCUCUUAGACCUACCGGCUCCCAAGAAUAAUCCCACAAGCCUGCGUCAUUUUCAUGACCAAGUGGAGACAUACGUCAGAGGUUUAGAAUCAUACGGACAAGCUCAAGAUACAUAUGGUUCGCUUCUAGUACCUGUGAUUCUUAACAAAUUACCUUGUGAAUUACGCAAAAAUUUGGCACGCGAGCAUGGAUCUACCGAUUGGUUACUAGGCGACUUACGAAAGGCUCUAUACAAGGAACUUGACAUACUAGAAGCAGGAACUCAUAUGGACACAACAGAAGACCAUGCUACAGCUAUUUUCUACAUGCACUCAGAAUCCAGUGAUGAGCAACCACAACGGAACUACAGUCCUCGGAAUCAUCGAGGAGACAUCGUGUUGCGGAAUGCCAGUCCAAAUCCAAUUGAAAAAUCUGCAAAAAAAAAUCAUCACACAAGUUUGUGCACUGCUCAUAAUGCAGUCAAAACCAAAAGGAGGAAUACCCAUAAAUUACAAGCAAAGGCUGAACUGGAUGCAAGGACCAGGGAAAUCAAGAAUCUACAGGAUAAAAUCAAGAACUAUAAAAGUGUCAUUGCUACAUUGGAACAGCAGAUAUCAAGACAGAAGAUUUUGACGGAGAAAACCAUUAAAGAUGUUAACAUUUUACAUACCCAAUUUGCAGAGCUUCAGUUUAAAUUUGAUGCACAGUUAAUUGCUACAAAUCAGAUGACUGCUGAGAAUCAAGAUGAGUUGAAGAAAAAAGAAGGUGAAGUUAAUAUGCUCAAACAGGAGAUACAACGGCUCAAAUCAUCAAGAGAGACACCUGCUAGGAAACUUCAACAAGUGGGAGAAAAUAUUCACUCAGAUGUAAAGCAGCAGAGAGAAACUCCUAAAGAUCAAAUUACUUGUUUGAAGAGGGAGUCAGAGAUAUCCAAGAAACUAGAUAACGUUCAUAAGAAUAACCUGGAACAGAGUUACAGAGAGGCGAUCAAGGAAAAGAUAAACAUCAUCAACCAACUAGAAAAGGAACAAAACCGCUACACUAGUGAGAACAACAAUCUAACUCGGAAUUACGCAGAGGAUAACAAAGUUCAUAGCAUGCAGAUUGUUGACUUCAAGAGGAUUUCUGUGGAUGACACCAAUAUCAGGCAACAGGAGAACACAUUCAAAACUUUUAGAGAUGUCGAGAGGACAUACAGUCAGAACCUCAUUGAGUCACGGGAUGAGAUCGCAGAGAUGAAGAGGAGGGUGAAGAUUAUGAAUCAUCAGAUUGAUCAGCAUAAGGGGCAAAUUCAAGCCAAGGAGAAUGCAUUCAUCAUGGAGUACUUCGGACAUUAG